AUGAAGUUCUCAAUCAUCGCUUUGGCCGCUGCAGCCACAACCGUUUCUGCUGCCGAAUUCCCAGGUCAACCGGCUUGCGCUAGUCCUUGCAUCAGCCAAGCCAUCACUCAAGGCUCCCCCUGCAACAUCGAAGACGUAGGCUGCCAAUGCGACGCCUCCAAUCGCGCGGGCAUCUCCACCGCCAUAAUCCCAUGCAUCCUCUCCGCCUGCACGGGAGCCGGGGAACUGCAACAAGCAUCUGAGGCCGGCCCUAGCCGAUGUUCUUUAUUUUCUGCCGGAGCCCUCGCCACUAGCGCGACCAGUUCCAGUGCGUCCGAGUCUUCGACCGAAUCCUCCUCGGCUUCUCCUGCCUCGACGACUUCGUCGGGUCCCGCUUCGACCACGGGGACCGAAGCUAGCACCACGGCUCCGGCUACCACUUCUAGAGCUGGCAAUGGUACCAUUACCACGGGUACACCUUCUAGUACUGCUGCCCAGGUUACCCAGAAUGCUGCGCAAUCGGUUGGAUUUGCAGGUGUUGGUGCCAUGGUCGGUCUUCUUGCCGGUGUGGUUGCAGCUUUGUAG